AUGCCUCGUCAUGUCGGUGUAGUUGAACCUCCACCGGGAGUCAUACCCGACUUCGAUUACUCGAAUCCAUGGCUUUACAAGGUCAACAUGACUCUGAUAGGUGUCGGAUUGGCCUUGAGCUUCUUUUGUCUCGUCCUUCGAAUAUAUACGAAAACGAGAAUAUUGCGCAAGUUUGGAUGGGAAGAUGCAUUCAUCGUGCUCGCCUGGGUAUUCUCCCUUGGGACGCAAGUAACUUCCAUCUAUGGAUAUCUCCAUAGCGGCGUUGGAAUUCACAUGUGGAACGUCACCGAGGAGAUGCUUGCGACAUAUCAGAAGGUCAUCUUGUCUGCCGCCGUGGUAUACGUCCCCGCACUCGCCUUCGCAAAAAUGAGUCUUGUCUUUCUCUACCGUCGGAUAAUGGAGAAGCAAGAAGCUUACAACUGGGCGCUUCACAUCAUUUCGGCUGUCAUAUGUGGCUACAGCCUGGCUCUUGUGUUUGCAUUGAUUUUUGCAUGCAAUCCGAUUGCGAUGAGCUGGGAUUUGAGUAUCACAGAGGGAACUUGCAUCAGCCGAGAGGGAUUGUAUAUCGCAACCGCCGUGACGAAUAUUGUCACGGAUUUAGCAUUGAUCUUGCUCCCCAUUCCUCUCGUGGCUGGGCUUCAAAUGCCAGGGAUUCAAAAGUGCUAUCUGAUUGUUGUAUUCGGCAUUGGCUGCGCAACCGUUGUGACCAGUAUACUCCGACUAGCAACGCUUGUCCCCUUCCUCACUGCCUCCGAUAUCACUUACGAGCUAGCCUGGCCGCAGCUGUGGAUUAACGUCGAAGCAAAUCUUAUCAUUAUCUGUCCUUGUCUGCCGUCAUUGCGGCAGUUUUUGAGACAUCACGCCCCAGGAUGGGUGGGCGAGGCAGGCAGCAAUGCACGUCGCUAUUUCACGCAUUCGGGCAGUGCCUCUCGCAACCGGUUCAAGUCGUCAGGGUCUCGUCAACCAGAUGAAAUUGCACUCACAGGAAACGGCGGGAGUAUUCAUAGCGAGUCCCGGAUUGUGAAGGAGGUUGCAUGGAAUGUGACGGAGGAGCGGUUGGAUGUCGGUUCCGAUGGCCAUGCCAAGCGAUAG